AGCUGCCUGUCGUUUGCCUGCGAGUUGUUGGGCGAUUACUUCGCAGUUGAGUUUGUGUACGCUGCGGCCAGCGGAGUGCGAUUUGUGCAAUUUUUCAAAAGACUUUUUGUGAUUUCGUGGGUGAACAUUCGAGACAAAUAAUUCUAAAUCGCAGAGGAUCCAUCCAAUAAGUUGUCUUCGGUAUUUUUGUUUGCAGAAAGUUCGGGUUUGUGAAAAUUUUCAGUGAAAAACGUCGUCUCAGUUUGCGGUUUUCUCUCGUUGAACGUUCCUUGGAUUUUUCGAUAUUAGCGAAAUUCUUUAAGUGGAAAUAAGUGAAAUUAGUCUUGGUCGCCCGUGUCGCAGGUUGCGGGGAAUACCGAAAUUGAGUGAAGUGCGGUAGAAAGUUUGGAGUUGCAGCGAAGGAGCAGGAAUGGAUGAGGAAGACGAAGUUACCGAUAUUCGGGCGCAAGUGUUCCACAAUACCGUUCGAGAGUACAUUAUAUUUUUACUUCUUUUCCUUUUACUCUACUUGGGUUCGUACGCGGUGAUUGUGCGUUUUCGUCGAAGAGACCGAGAAGAUCUGUAUUCAAGUGAUGACGACGAAAUACUUGUUUAUCGUAUAAGCUUAUGGUUGUGCACAUUUUCCUUGGCUGUUGCAGUUGGAGCAGCGCUGCUAUUACCUAUUUCGAUAGCCAGUAAUGAAGUGCUUCUGCUGUACCCAAAUAGCUACUAUGUAAAGUGGCUCAAUAGUUCCCUGAUACAAGGACUAUGGAAUCAAAUAUUUCUAUUUUCAAAUUUAUCGCUUUUCGUGUUUUUGCCGUUCGCGUAUUUAUUUACGGAAUCAUCAGGAUUUUUCGGUCACAAGAAAGGGAUUGUAGCCAGAGCUUAUGAAACCUUCACAGUAUUCAGUUUGCUUGCAUUUGUUGUCCUUGGACUUGCCUAUGUACUAUCAGCAUUAUUCGAUUCUGAAAAAAGUGGAAUACUAAGUUUCCUAAAUUUAAGCAGUGUACAUUUGCCAUUUCUGUAUUCGUGUGUAUCGUUUUUGGGUGUGCUAUUUCUAUUGGUAUGUACACCUUUUGGAUUUGUGCGACUAUUUGGCGUUGUCGGACAAGUCCUUGUGAAACCCCAUUUGCUUAGGGACGUUAACGAAGAAUAUCAGGCAUUCCAUCUAGAAGAAGCCAGUGUGAAAAGGAAAUUGGAAAAUCUCUAUGCAAAUGCACAAUUGCAAGGCGCUGGUUCAAAUCAUAGCAAUGGCUGGGCAAGUCAAGCGGGUCUUGCAAAUUUGUAUCAACGUAAAACGGUGAAUGGAACACUUAGCGAACAAGCUAUGUUACAUGAAAGACUGAGAGAGUUAGAGGCUGAGAGAAAAGAAUUGGAUAAACUUCGCAGUUCGUCAGCAUUUCAGCGAAAUUUCGUUUAUCCGCUUGCCAUGCUACUGUUGCUAUUCCUCACUGGAAUAACACUUUUGUUAGUAUUGCAAAAUACCCUUGAACUGCUUAUUGGUAUUAAAGCGUUACCACUAAGCACCAGGCAAUUAACGUUGGGCAUAACAUCACUUUCGAAGUUGGGACCGAUUGGUGCCGCGCUCGAAGUUUGCAUAAUUUUUUAUUUGGCUGCAACGUCCACCGUUGGUCUGUACACAAUGCCUUUUAUGCGUCAUAUAAAGCCAGAAAAACGAAAAACAUCGCUUUCGCAAUUGAUUUUCAAUUGUGCUCUAGUACUUAUACUAAGUUCAGCUUUGCCUCUAUUAUCGAGGAUUUUAGGAAUAUCAAAUUUUGAUUUGUUGGGCGAUUACGGUGCAAUCGAAUGGCUCGGCAACUUUCAAAUAGUUUUACUUUAUAAUUUAAUUUUUGGAACGACAACAGCACUUUGCCUAGUCAAUAAAUUUACAGCAGCUGUACGGCGUGAGCUUUGUGCUCGGUUAGUUGAAAAUUAUGUUUUCUUUACAAAUUACAUGUCAUUUAUCAAUUGAGUGACGCCUCUCCAACCCAAACAGUAGAGAUCUGCGGAAGUGAGAUUAAGGAAUAUAAAUCCUUGGUCAGCAGUCCUUUAGUAGGAUAAUUCUAGAGUGUUGGCGAACUUUAGGAUAAUUACGUAUUUUAUUCAAUCUAAUGGUAACUUUCGUCAUAGAUAUCAAGUCAAACGUAGUAUUCAAUUUUUGGGUCUGUUUGGGUGGAAAGAAGCGUCGCUCAACUGGUUUCAACCUAUCGAGAACUGAUAUUAACUUAUAUAAAUUUCGCCAUUGUCCCAUCGGUUAAUUUCGAUACAUUUCAUCAUAUGCUUGCAUACAAUUAAACAAAAUACUCAGUUGUUUCCAUCUAAUUCUCAUCACAUUCUUUACAUUAUUCGUUUUUAUUAUUAGAUGAUAAUUAGUAAAAAUUUAAUUAAUUUAAGAAGUCGUAACUAAAAGAAUAAAAAUGAUUGAGCGCUAUAUUGUCCCGUUUGCUUUUUACAAAUCAUAUUAUAGCCGUUAGUAGUAGAUUGGAGCUCUAUUUACGAUAUGGAGAGCUUUUUACAUUUAUUUUUCCACACUCGCUAGUCUGUUUUACUAUUUCUUGAACUGAGUGCAUAAAUUGAAAGAAACAUAUAAACCAAACCAUUCUAGCGACAAUAUUGUCCGAUUUUAAAUGACAUUCACAUGAAAUUAACUCACUGUUGAUCCAAUCUAACAAAUCAUAUGUAAUUAACAAGAUAUUUUUGCUACAGCAUAAUGAGUGUUAGGUUUUAAAGCUUACAAACGUUGAAGACUUCAAAUAUUUAAAUCAAUUGUACUUUCAAUCGGAAUUUGGUUUUUCUGCGUAUUCAGUAGUUUAGAAGAGUCAACUGAUUUAUAGUUUAUAGCAUUGAUUUAUUAACAAGACAAUAAAAUGCGAAGAAUAU